AUGAAACGCUUCUCGUCUGCAAAUACUGAUAUUCCAGGAAAAGGUAUUCUGGUGUGUCAAUGCCAUGACCGUGAAACACGCUUUUCAAGGAUCCAUGCCCAGUAUCCUCUGAAAUUUAUCCCGACCAAGGCAUAUGCUGACCGUCUGGCGGUGGUGUAUAUGCUUAGCUACGGAGGAGGUGUUGUUAGUGGAGAUAUGUUUGAUGUGGUGAUUGAAAUUGAAUCACAGGCUAUCCUUAUGUUGCUGACUCAAGGCAAUACCAAGAUCUUCAAGGACAGGAUCCAGCAACAAAAGUGGAUGGCCUCUCUUGCCCAGACAACACAACCCUUGCUUGGAUUUUCUACUUUGAUACCCUCAAACUUAAUCAAAGCAGAAGCAGAAGCAGCAGCAACAACAGCAGCAGCAGCGACAGCAGAAAAAGAAAAAACCUUUGUAAAUCCAGAUGACGUUAAGGUGUCCCAACAACACAUCACAGCCGCUGUGGCGCCUUUAGGUACACUUAUCAUUUUGCCUGAUCCUGUUACUUCUUUCCGUGAUUCUUCAUUCCAGUCAAAGCAAACCUUUCGUCUUGAGGAUAGUUCUUCUCAGCUGGUCUUGUUGGAUUGGUUUACGAGUGGACGACAGACCCGUGAAAACUGGUGUUUCCGACACUAUAUGAGUCAUAUUGAUGUCUGGGUCGGUAAACGCAUGGUAUUAAGAGAUCGCUUGGUUUUGGAAGAUGAGGAGUAUAUGAGAAAAGACGGUUCAGAGGAGACUUCAUAUGCAUCUCGUCUUAAGCCAUAUACUUGUUUUGCGACGCUUAUUAUCAUCAGUGCGGACCCUACCACGGUCUCUGAUCCUCUACCAUUGAAGCAAUCUAUUGACUUCCUUCAGGAAAAGGCAGAACAGGUCCGUAUGUUACCCAACUCUAUGCACAGUCCCGAGGACAGAAGUAUCUUGUGGUCCACUAGUCCUCUUCUUGGCGGCAGGGGUGUUUUGGUUCGUAUUUCAGGGAUGACUACUGAGCAAGUUAGAGAUUUUGUUAAAAAUGAGUGCCUUGGUGAUGGACUAAAGGGUAUCAUUGGAGAAGGAAUGUUCAAAAAGGUUCUCGCUUAG